CCGCCAAGUGCGUUUGAGCUACGAACAGCGUUGCCGUACGGCCCAAUGCCAGCUGAUUUUCAACUAGUUUUCAUUACCAAACGCAAAAGCGAAAAGAAUGUCGAAAUUCCUGUCCCAAACGGUGUUGAAUACGCUCCGCAACACGCGCAUCGGCCCGCGCCAGCUGGUGCGCAGCUUUGCGGGCAUCGCCUCCACGCGUAACAACCCGGACCCGGCAAAUCCGAAUGCCCAGGCUCUGGGACGCGGCCUCCUGCAGAGGCAGCUGCCGCCGGCGGGCAGGAGGAGCAUGUUCAUCCAGACGCAGGACACCCCCAACCCGGACAGCCUGAAGUUCCUGCCCGGCGUGGACGUCCUGGGGAAGGGCAACACCUACGACUUCCCCAACGGCACCACAGCGCACAGCAGUCCCCUGGCCAAACUGCUGUUCCGCGUAGAAGGCGUGCGAGGCGUGUUCUUCGGUGCCGACUUCGUCACCAUCUCGAAGCAGGAGGGUGCCGAGUGGAGCCUAAUCAAGCCUGAGGUGUUCGCCGUCAUAAUGGACUUCUUUGCUAGUGGCUUGCCCGUCCUCCAGAACGCCGAGCCCAACGCGGACACCGAGAUCCUCGAGGACGACGAUGAGACGGUGAUGAUGAUCAAGGAGCUGCUGGACACGCGCAUCCGCCCCACCGUGCAGGAGGAUGGCGGCGACAUCGUCUUCAUGGGCUACGAGGCUGGCGUCGUCAAGCUCAAGAUGCAGGGAUCCUGCUCCUCCUGCCCCAGCUCCAUUGUCACCCUGAAGAACGGCGUGCAGAACAUGCUGCAGUUCUACAUACCGGAGGUGGAGUCCGUGGAGCAGGUCUUCGACGACGCGGACCGCAUGGCCGACAGCGAGUUCGAGCGCUUUGAGAAGAACCUCAAGACGCUCAAGCAGCAGGAGCCAACUAGCGGCGGUCCCAACUAGGAGGACCGAUCCUGUUUCCCCGUUUGCGUUGCUGAUUCUCUAGUGAACCCGAUAGUUGUACGCAUACAUUACAUGUAGUUGAUUGUUUAAAUAAAUUUACGGCUUUAAGCUUUACUGGUAAAGUACACAAUAA